CACAUUGGAAAGGGCUUGCUCCUCCAUGUGACCCCACGACAAGGGAAGGGGGAAACACGUCAGGCUUUCGCCCGAGGCGGGGGAAGGCGGGCCCGAUGCGGCAGAACGGGCCAGGCCGGGACCGGCUCACUGAGGGGAGACGGAGAGGCGGGAGCCUGCGGGCCGGGGUCACCGGGGCCGCCAAGGCAGGGCGGGCCCACGCGCCCCACCUGAGCCCGAGGACGAACCAGAGGUCGCGGCCCGAAGCCGGCGGGGGCGGGGGAGGCGGAGAGCAGCGAUCCACCUGGGCGACGUGGCAGCCCUUCCCUGCUCUCCGAGACCCCUCCCCAUUCGGCCGCCCACCCGCCCUCUCGCGGCUAGCUGCUGUGAGGCUGCUCUUCCCCGGCCGGACGGAGAGCGGCAGUGUCUCCCCGCCAGGCGCCGGCCGCGCGUCUCCCCCCGGCGGCCGUCGCGCGCGCCAGCCCUGCGCCGCGCCGGAGAGCGCUGUGGUGGCGGCGGGAAAGGGCUGCGGACCCGCGUCGCACACUCGACGACGCGGCCCCGGCCUCGACGCCCUCCGCCUGCUUCUGGAGCAGAUUUGUUUUCCUAGAUAUUUUAUUCAUGGGAAAGAGAUGCCCUGUAUUAUGGACCUGAGUAGUCAAGCUACUGAAAUGGCACAUGUGGCUGGUGGCUGCCAUAUUGACAUUGCAGUCCUGGAAGAUGGAGAGAGCUAUGACACAAUAAAUUUAAUUAAAAGGUCCUUUUACUACUGGAUUGUGCAAGAUAUUUAACCCUAUUUUCUUUGAGGUAUGACUUAAAUAUCAAACAUCUUAAAUAAGAAAAGGGAAACAUUUUAGUUUUGGAAGUCAG